GCGCAUGCGUAAUGUCACACACUGACAGCUAGCAGAAGAUACAGCCACGUUAGCCCACUGUUAGCUGAAGAAAGCGGCGAUUUCCACAGAAAACACAACGCUGAGAUGUUCCGGAGAAAACUGACAGCGCUGGAUUAUCACAACCCCGUUGCAUUUGACUGCAAAGAUGAGACACAGUUUAGGAACUGCAUUGUGUGGCUGGAGGACCAGAAGAUCCGGCAUUAUAAGAUAGAGGACAGAGGGAACCUGAGGAACAUCCCGAGCUCAGACUGGCCCCAAGCCUACCAGAAGUACCUGCAGGACGUGAGCUGUCCAUUCGGGGCUCAGGAGAGGCAGGAGGCUUUAGACUGGCUACUGGGCCUGGCUGUACGAUAUGAAUAUGGAGACAAUGUGGACAAGUAUAAGAACUGCGAGCCGUUCGCAGCCUCCGGCGACAGCGCCAAAGCGGUGGACCCUCUCGUCAACCUUGACAGUAAUUCUCCAGAUUUCAAAGCAGGAGUGACGGCUCUGUCCAACAUCCUCAAGAUACAGCGACAUGACGACUACCUGGUUAUGCUGAAGGCCAUUCGCAUUCUGAUCCAGGAGAGACUUUCUCCAGAGGCCAUCACUAGAGCCAGCCAGAAUCGAGAGGGUAUUCCUGUAACUUUAGACAAACAUAUCUUGGGUUUCGACACUGGAGAUGCGACUCUGAACGAGGCCGCUCAGAUCCUGCGCCUGCUGCACAUCGAGGAGCUGAGGGAGCUCCAGACCAAGAUCAACGAGGCCAUCGUUGCCGUUCAGUCCAUCAUAGCCAACCCCAAGACAGACCACAGGCUGGGCAAGGUCGGCAGAUGAGAGCGAGGAUGAAGAGGGACGCUGGAGGAAUGAAGGGAGGGACUGAACCACAUGAGUUUAAUUGAUUUUGAGAGGAAAAGCCUUUUUGUUUUUGGAGAAUUGGACAUAAAUAAGUUUGUAUUUUUCCGUUGUUGCAUGAGAGCACACUUUUCGAAUUUGGAGGAAAGUGGAGGAAAUGCCAAGUUUUCAAAUGCUGUCUUUCAUUUUUGUACUGCAGCAUGGAUAUGUUUACACCAAAAUGUCACAAUAGUUGCUGAAUAGUUAGUAUUGAAAACUAAUUUCCACUCAUGUUUAGUCCUUAAUUUCUUCAGAGACUUGAGUUGAACCUUCUGCCACAAUCUCCCCCUCAACAGAAACCAGAUAAGCUUCUGAAAUACUCAAACUGACGCCGAUAUUUGUACUUUUUGUCUUACAGAGAAAACAUUUUUUUUGCAGAUGGAAGAAAAGCUUAUUUUGAAAUGAUUUAAAGUGACGCUGUGUGGGAAAAUAUAUAACUACAGCUGAA